AUGUGUCCCAGGAGCCUGUCAGAGACAGAUUACUCCAGGAGGCAUCGCAGUAAUCUGCCUGAUGGUGGGGGGAGCAAGGGACACUCUACUGUACAUCCAUGCUAUGUCUGUGUAACGGUGUUCUCAGUAAACGACUGUACAUCCAUGCUAUGUCUGUGUAACGGUGUUCUCAGUAAACGACUGUACAUCCAUGCUAUGUCUGUGUAACGGUAUUCUCAGUAAACGACCAUUAACAUGAAAUACACAGCACUGCUUUAAUAGCACAGUGUCUGCAUAACUGAAGAGUGGUGUAAGUGUGAGGGGCCAGCAUGGUGUUUCACCACAACUGAUCAGCAAUUCCAGGGAUGUGGAAACAAACAUGGCAGGUAUGGAAAUGUACAGAGCUAGCUAAUUUUAGACUGCCUUGAAUAUUAAACCACACAAAGCUGCCUUUCAUAUUUGUUGAUGUUGUAAUGUAAGGUGCUCCCUUCCUCCUCCCUCUCAUUUACCCUCUUUCUCUCCCUCUCUCCUCUCCCCUCUUUUUCUCCUUCCCUCCCUCUCCCCUCUCAAUGGACUGAUCCUUUGUCUAAUGAAUUUGUCCUCAGAAGGGGCUGCAGACCCAGAUGUUCUCCCAGUGCAGACAUGUUGAACUGCUCUGUUCUCUCAUUGAGGGCGAGCAUUGGUGUCCAUCUAUGCCCUGAACAAUGACAUGGCACUGUUGUCAUGGUCAUCUCUUUGAAUAGACUGUAUUCGUGGCUAUGUGCAGGUUCAGCUGCAAAUGUGUAUAGAUAGCUAGCCUACUACGGCUGAUAAAUUAUCAUAAUGCUUAUCUUGGUUCUUGAUCAACGGCCAUAGGUUUACCAACCAAAUUAACAAUGGAUUCAAACUCCCUUAUCUUAUCGGAAACGUAAAUAUUCAAGACCCAGGCUGAAGAGAUAUGGAAAUUAUGCUCCCACUCUUUUGGCCUCCCCGCCCCACCUAGAUGACCCUGGAGCUCUAGUCUAAAGAUAGUAGAUGAAUUGCCAAUUUGUCGUUAGCACGAUUAUUGCCACGUGAAUACCAAAUUACUGCAGUAUCCUUUGUUUGCAGUGGAGUGAAAAGAGGAAGGAACAAUAGCUUGACACUAUCAGAAGCUGUCUAUCACCAGGGAUAAAACCCCUCUCAUAUUCCACACCUCUCUAACAUUCCACACGUCUCUCCCCUCUCCGUAAUUAGACAAGUGAGAUUAUUUAAUUUGCUGCAGAUCAGCCAAACCCAAGUCGACUGCUGAUAUGGACAAAGACGCCAAUGAGCACUCUAGGGGAAAUAUAGUUUUUUUGCACACACUGAAGGAAUGAGUGAGAGGCAUGAAAUUGCAGCCAAUACUCUUUCUAAACUCCCAGCCUUAGUGUUCAGCAUCUUAAACUGGCAGACGUACACUGCUUUGGACCGUUGAGGUCCAUCUUCUUACUAAAUUCUCCCCUUGACUUUUCUGUCAGCUGAAUAACAACCCUGUGUGUCUUGGCUAUUGCGGGACAUAUUUAAUGGCUGUGCCCUUGCUGGCUGUGUACUGCAGAAUACCCUGAACCACUAUUAUGCCUGCUCUGUAAAUCACCUAUAAUUUAUGUCUAUGUUUUUCUGUCCAAGGACAGGAGAGGAUUUACAUUAGGAGAGUGAGUGAUGAUGAAGUACUGUGUGUGUUUGUGACAGGUGCUGCUGCCAUGGACUUGGAAGACGAGCCAUUGUUAUUCCAGAGCAGCUGGGAUGCUGAGAAAGAAGAGGAGCGAGAGGAGGAGGGUGGGGAGUCAGAUACACAGACUAAUGGGAGGAGCAGCACCACUGGAGGCAACAGGGUGUGGGGGGCGAUGGGCUGGGUCUACACACAACCCUGGGUGAGUGGGGUUGUCCUGGGAGUUGGAGUCUUUCUCCCCUGUGCCCUCUCUGCCUACAUGUUCCUAUACUGCCCCCCAUUGGACAUAGACCUUUCCUACAGUGCCUUUGAGGUUCAUAGCCACUUCUCCGCUGAGCGGUUUGAUGCACUCACCAUUGCCAUAAAGACUCAGUUGGGGUCCUGGGACAGACGCAGGCGUGACGUGGACCACUAUGACUCUACUGCUCUACAGGAGCUGCUGUUGGACAUGCUGGGUAGGCAGGGAGAUGGAACAUCCAACAGGACAUCACAUGGAGGGCUGAACUCGAAAUCUCUGAAAAAUAAAAUGUUCAAAAGAGUAGUAAUGCAACAGAGAGGAGAUGCCCUGAGUCGGCAAGAGACUGCGAGGCAUGGAGAGGCUAGGGGUGGUAAAGUAGAGGUAUGGGAGGAGGAAAAAAAUACAACUAAUUUAGGAAAAUCUGAGAGUCGUGAGUCCAUAGAGGGAGAGGGAGACAGUGAGAGAUCUCAGACUAGGAUGCGCAGGUUUGCUCCCAACUACUCAUACCUGCAGAGCCAGGCCCUGUGGAGGAUGGAGCUGGUUUUUGUAGCUCAGGGUGGGGGGGACAACAACAUCUUCACCCCAGAGCGUCUCCGCACCAUCCACCACAUAGAGCGCCUGCUCAUGCAGCAUCCCCAGUUCCAACAGUUCUGUUGGAAGCCUCUGGAGGUCCUGAGAGACCUGCCCCUGGGCCCCUCCUACUGCUCCCCUCCAAGCUCCCUCCUCUCCUACCUCUUCCCCAGUGAACAGGGAGGCAGGAUCUACUACGACGGCAUGGGACCCGACCUGGCUGACAUCCAUGGUGAGUCUGAGGUUUAUAAAACUGGGCAUAUUCUGUAGGUACAGUUGCUGCUCUGCAUGAUUUAGUAGGGAGCUCAUCUGCUUGAGGGAGAUCAAGCAGAACAUUAAAGGGAGCAGGCAGCGACGGUACCACUUUGAUCUUCACUUGUGUUUCUGCUCCCAGGUGCUCUGAGUCUAGCGAUCACCCACCCACAGUUCUACUGGUAUGUGGAUGAGAGUCUGGCCCCUGACCGACUCUCCUCCUCUCUCCUGCGCAGUGAGAUCCAAUUUGGAGCUCCGCUGCCCUCUUACUGCUCCCUCCAGGACCGGCCUGAGGAGCAGAGAAGCCGCUUCAGGAACUUUGUGGUUCAGUACGCUGACAUCCUGGCUCAGCAGUCCACCAGGUGGGUUAUGGCUUAUGGGCCCUCUGCCAAUGCUGAUGAUACGCUGUGUGCUGUGUAAACUCUAGAAGAACCACAUUCUAAAAGACAUAAAAGAGCCAUAAGAUGAACUGAUGCUGUUUUUAAUUUCUCACAAGACUUCAACUCUCCAGACCAAUUGUAAUUAAGCACAAUCAAAGAGUCCCUCCUUUCAUGACACCCACAUACUAUUAUUUCAUUCUCUGUCUCUGACUGUCUCCUUAUCUCUGGGUUUGUGUGAUGCUAGCCAGGUGAAGGUGUUGUAUGGGGGCACAGAGCUGUUUGAUAACGAGGUGAGACAGACCUUCCACAGUGACAUGUUGCUGGCGCUGAUCAGUGGAGGCUGCAUCACUCUGCUGGUCUAUUUCCUCACCUCCUUCUCAAGUAAGGUCCCAUGCACUCUCCCACCUGCAUUAGAUACUACAUGCAUGUUAUUCCAACAUCUCCUAUAGGUCAUAUGCUGUUAUACAUAGAAUCUGUGAAAAGCUAGCAUCAGUAUCUAAUUCUUAGUAUUAUUCUUAUUAUUUUGAUACCACAUACAAGACAUGCAACAUGAGGUCUUGCAGUCAGUCAUUUGGUGUGUCUCUACAGUGUUCCUGACAUUCUUUGGGCUCACUAGCAUUGGUCUGAGCUGCCUGGUGGCUCUCUUCCUCUACCAUGUGGUCUUUGGGGUGAGAUACCUGGGCAUCCUCAAUGGAGUUGCAGCCUUUGUGAUCAUUGGCAUUGGUGAGUGACAAUAUGAAAAUAUAUUCUAGAAUUUCUCUCAUGACCAAACUGGUUGAGAAACAACAUCUUUGUUACAGAUAACAUCCCUCUCUUUCUUCUGUUUCCCCUCUUACUGUUCUCCAGGUGUGGAUGAUGUGUUUGUGUUCAUGAGUACCUUCAGACAGGCUUCCCACUUAGUCCAUCCAGUCCAGAGGAUGGUGUACACGGUGAAAACAGCUGGCCGGGCCACCUUCCUCACCUCCUUCACCACCGCAGCCGCAUACGCUGCUAACACCUUCUCACAGGUACUCAGAAGAAUUGUCAGUCCAUAUUGUAUUAUCCUUCCAAAGGGAAUGCAAAAUAAAUUAAUGGCUGUGAGGUGGAACUGUCUGUACAUGUAUGUGUAUCAAUAUGAAAGCAUGAUGUAAAUGUAUUGAGGUCUUUUGCACUUCCAAUCAGAUUCCGGCCGUGCAUGACUUUGGCCUGUUCAUGGCCCUCAUCGUCAGCUGCUGCUGGCUUUGGGUGUCCAUCCUCAUGCCCGCUGCCCUGUGUAUCUGGACCCAGUGUGUUGACCCCCAGGAGAAUGCCUGUCUCAAAUGGUGUGAUUCCAUCUUUCCUCCUUUUUUGCUAGAGAACAGAGUUCCUAUUGUUGUGGUGCUUGCCUUUUCAUUCUGUUUUCCUAUUAUGAACAAAGUGUGAUUCUAAAGCUGUGUCUCUCUGAUACGCUUCCUCUUAAAGGUGGAAGGCACUUGCAGGACUGUCAGUGAGCCACAGUCCUUUGUCAGAUGAGGAUGACGAUGUGGCCCUACUGUCAGUGGAGAUGGAGCCAGGUGAGAUCCAUAUCUGAACAGAGCUAAAUUAAAGAAGGGCACAAGAAUGAAAGGUAAUAGUAGAGUCCCAACACCAUUCACCCCCUCUCUCUGUCUCACCCUGUCUCAUUCAGGCUCCUGUGACACAGAUGUAGAUGCAGCCAUUCUGUCCCUGUCAGUGGAGACCUCUCUCUCAUCACCAGAGCAGGGGACUUCAGGCGUGGUCAGCGCUUACCUUCAGUGGGCUCUGAGGCACUGGGUGGCAGAGCCAGCCGUGGAGAAACGUAACGUCAUUCUAGGUAAUGGCUCUGUCUGUCUGCAGCGGUUGGGAGGACCACCACAUCUCAUGAUGCCCAUAUUCCUUUUUCAACUUUUAUCAGCAAUAUCCAUGAGUGUUUUGUAUUGUCUAUCCCUGAAUCCUCUUCACAAAAAAGCAAUUUAAUCAUAUUCUUCUCCCCUCAGUGAUCUACCCCAUCUGAACUGCCCAUCUUACAGGCCAGUCUUUGUCUUGCUGCCCAUAGGAAUCUACAUCCUGGUCCUGUUGCUGUCUGCUGGCUGCUGCUGCCUCCUGCGGCCGGCAACUCACGCCCCGUUACUGUUUCGUCCAGACACCAACCUCCAGACUCUACUGGGACUGAGGAACAACCUCAGUGCCCAGGGCGUAUCCUGCCACAUGUGCUCUGGUGAGACGUCGCCAUCAAUCAGUGUGAUGGAACCCAGAUGGGUGUAAAGUAAACUGAUUACACUACUUUCAUCCCAAAUGAAACUCCCCUGUCCUGCAACUGUCUGGCUGUAAAUGUCUUUAUGCAACAUUUCAAUUCAUUUUAGACUGGGAUAUUAAUUUACAGUCGACUCCUGGUAAGAGCUGACUCCAUUACAUUAUUUUUCUUGCUAUGGGUAUUUGCAUGCUCCAAUUCAGUGCUCACAUUCACAACACUCCCAGGACAUUGCAUAUAUCAGGAUAUUAAGCUCUGCCAAUAAUUUAGCAUUGAAUCGAAAUGUCCCAUUUCCUGCAGGUCUGUUCAUGGAGAAACCUCAUCUUCUGCACAGCCCUACCCAUACUACCCCCUCCAUGGCUGGGUUUCACCCCCAACAACAUACACAGAGCCCUUCAAACUCAACUCUACAGAGCCCAAUCACACCAAGCACUUCCUCCAUCACAACAGGUACUGGAUAGAAUGUUAACAUAUCUAAAUAGGAUCCACAUGAAUAUAUACCUGGCAAUGUUUGAAUGUGUGCCUCUAUUUAUCUACUGCUACUACUACUACUGUAUCCUUUCAUGACAGGGCCUCUGCUGACAGUGUAUGUCUCUAAGCUGGAUAUGGGCACUUCUAUCACUCUGUACCGCUUCUCUCUGAAUACUAGCAUGCCCUCGCCUUGGAAAGGCCUCAGUCCCAAGAAUGGAGAAGUUCCAUCCUUUCAGGUUAGAUGACCCUCAAAAACGUGUUAUUACUGGGUUAUGAUCUAAUAUCUAACCUCUGGUAGUCAGCUUCAUCAUAUAACUUCUGGUGUCUCUAAACAGGCGUACAUUGAACCUCACAGCAACUUCAGCAUGCACAUGACUGUGUGCGUGUCCCAUGUGUACCACCCCCACCCUCGCUGGUUGAUCACUUCCCAGUCAUGUGACCCACGCCACGGCUGGAGGUCAGAGUUCAGCUUCUAUGUGGCAUCGGCUGAGCAGCAGCACAGCAGGUAAAAGGAAUGACGAGGGACAGAUGAUGGAGGAAUAGAGAACAGUCAAGCUGUUUGUGGUCAAGUUGUUGACACAGCUGUCCUUGUGCCUCCCAGGAGGCUGUACUUUGCCCAGCACAAGCUUAGUCCUCAUCCCAGCCGAGUGUGUGCAGAACCACCUGGUUGUGUGAUCAGCUCCGGGCCUGACGGACCCACACGAGGCUCCUUCUACACACCGCUCCCCACAGGUAAGAGCGGGAGAACAUCUGGAGCCAGAAGAUAUCAGUGAACUGCAUGAAUACUCAGCAUUGGUUUGAAAUACAAGCAUGUACUAUGAUUUGUUGCUUAUGAAUGUGAGGGAGUGACCUUUUUUCCUCAUUUGUACCUUGUUUAAAAGAUUCCACCUCAACCAAAAGGUCCAAGACCUCCGGUUUUAACCCCUGUAGUGGAGGUGGCUGUGGCCAGCCAGCAGUCCGUCCUCUGGUUGACACUGGUGCCAUGGUGUUUGUGGUGUUUGGAAUACUGGGAGUCAACCGCACCCAACGCACAGACAACCACGUCAUUGGGGACAUGGUGAGGGGCCAACUGCGAGACAAUAACAAUAUGAAGGUGUAAUUUAAUAAUCAAUACUGUUUUAGUGGUAUUGAUUUGUUCUCAAAUUCUCUCCAAAGGGCAGUGUGAUAUUUGAUCCAAACUUUGAUAUCUUCCAAGAGAUUGGCCACCUCUGCCAAAUCUGUAAAGUCAUCAGUGCUAAUAAACAGCUUGUGAAGCCGGGAGGAGCCCAAUGUUUACCCUCCGGUAAAAACUGCACAGACAGUCUAACACAUCUAACAGCACACAUACACAAACCAUGUUUGAUAUGAGUUACAUUUAUUCUCUCUCUCUCUUCAGGCAACAAGCUUUCUUCUAUCCUGCCCUUACUCCACCCAGACUGCCACUCCCUCCCUGAGCCCAACCUGCUGCCAGGCCAGCUGUCCCAUGGGGCCGUGGGGACGCACGGUGGCAGAGUGCGCUGGCUCUCCAUGGCCUUUGAGUCUGUGAGUGCCAGCCACUGUUGUCCUUGGUGUAUACUACCACCUCUAAUGUUAUAACUCAGGUCUGUGCCAGUAACAGAGCUCAUGUAUUUUUCAUCUGUCUGUUCCUAAGACCACCUACAAGGGGAAAUCCUCUUUCCAGACUCGCUCAGACUUCCUCCAGUGGGAGACCUUCCUACAAGAGCAGCUCUCAGCUCUCCCAGAAUCCUCUGCUCUACGGAGAGGUUUCCAGACCUGUGAGCACUGGAAGCAGAUCUUUAUGGAAAUCAUAGGCAAGUGGAGAAGCCGGAGGACACAGCUGUUCCAUACCCAGGGCACAAUCCAUUUUUUUGACUACCUGUCGAGCAGCUAAUAAAUAUGAUCAUAUGUAAAAUAUUAUUAUUUCAGUCCUUCUGGGAAUGUAACUUUCCUGUGCUGACUGACUCCUUCCUGGGUUUUAUGUAGGUGUGGAGAGCGCCCUCUGCAGUCUGCUCCUGUCCCUGGCCAUCUGUGUGGCAGCUGUGUCUGUUUUCACUGCCCAUACACUUCUGCUGCUGCCUAUACUGCUCACCAUCCUGGGUAAGACACUGCUGAUCAUGCCUGUAUUUUUAUCAGGAUGGUCCAUUGUGAAUAGACUGCAGAGAAAGGUCUCCAAUAAUUUGAUACAAUGCAGUAUUGAUGUGUUAUUGGGAAUAACGUAAGAGGCAGUAAUUAACUGUUGUAAUGUACAUACUGUAUGUUCUGUGGUUUUAGCCGUGGGAGGAUUAGGGGGUCAUCUGUCUGUCAGUGUGUGACUGUGAUCUCUUGACCAUAUGCAGGGGUCAUCUGUCUGGUGGUGGCCAUCAUGUACUGGCUGGGCUGGGAGUUGGGGGCUGUGGAGGCCAUCUCUCUGUCCAUCCUAGUGGGCUCCUCAGUGGACUACUGCCUGCACCUGGUGGAGGGCUACCUGCUGGCUGGGGAGACCUUACCAGCCACACUAGGACACACUAUGGUACGUACAACACAAUCUGAUAUGUACAGUGGGGGAAAAAAGUAUUUAGUCAGCCACCAAUUGUGCAAGUUCUCCCACUUAAAAAGAUGAGAGAGGCCUGUAAUUUUCAUCAUAGGUACACGUCAACUAUGACAUACAAAAUGAGAAAAAAAUCCAGAAAAUCACAUUGUAGGAUUUUUAAUGAAUUUAUUUGCAAAUUAUGGUGGAAAAUAAGUAUUUGGUCAAUAACAAAAGUUUCUCAAUACUUUGUUAUAUACCCUUUGUUGGCAAUGACACAGAUCAAAGGGUGUAAGUCUUCACAAGGUUUUCACACACUGUUGCUGGUAUUUUGGCCCAUUCCUCCAUGCAGAUCUCCUCUAGAGCAGUGAUGUUUUGGGGCUGUCGCUGGGCAACACGGACUUUCAACUCCCUCCAAAGAUUUUCUAUGGGGUUGAGAUCUGGAGACUGGCUAGGCCACUCCAGGACCUUGAAAUGCUUCUUACGAAGCCACUCCUUCGUUGCCCGGGCGGUGUGUUUGGGAUCAUUGUCAUGCUGAAAGACCCAGCCACGUUUCAUCUUCAAUGCCCUUGCUGAUGGAAGGAGGUUUUCACUCAAAAUCUCACGAUACAUGGCCCCAUUCAUUCUUUCCUUUACACGGAUCAGUCGUCCUGGUCCCUUUGCAGAAAAACAGCCCCAAAGCAUGAUGUUUCCACCCCCAUGCUUCACAGUAGGUAUGGUGUUCUUUGGAUGCAACUCAGCAUUCUUUGUCCUCCAAACACGAUGAGUUGAGUUUUUACCAAAAAGUUAUAUUUUGGUUUCAUCUGACCAUAUGGCAUUCUCCCAAUCAUCUUCUGGAUCAUCCAAAUGCACUCUAGCAAACUUCAGACGGGCCUGGACAUGUACUGGCUUAAGCAGGGGGACACGUCUAUGCACUGCAGGAUUUGAGUCCCUGGCGGAGUAGUGUGUUACUGAUGGUAGGCUUUGUUACUUUGGUCCCAGCUCUCUGCAGGUCAUUCACUAGGUCCCCCCGUGUGGUUCUGGGAUUUUUGCUCACCGUUCUUGUGAUCAUUUUGACCCCACGGGGUGAGAUCUUGCGUGGAGCCCCAGAUCGAGGGAGAUUAUCAGUGGUCUUGUAUGUCUUCCAUUUCCUAAUAAUUGCUCCCACAGUUGAUUUCUUCAAACCAAGCUGCUUACCUAUUGCAGAUUCAGUCUUCCCAGCCUGGUGCAGGUCUACAAUUUUGUUUCUGGUGUCCUUUGACAGUUCUUUGGUCUUGGCCAUAGUAGAGUUUGGAGUGUGACUGUUUGAGGUUGUGGACAGGUGUCUUUUAUACUGAUAACAAGUUCAAACAGGUGCCAUUAAUACAGGUAACGAGUGGAGGACAGAGGAGCCUCUUAAAGAAGAAGUUACAGGUCUGUGAGAGCCAGAAAUCUUGCUUGUUUGUAGGUGACCAAAUACUUAUUUUCCACCAUAAUUUGCAAAUAAAUUCAUAAAAAAUCCUACAAUGUGAUUUUCUGGAGAAAAAAAUUCUCAAUUUGUCUGUCAUAGUUGACGUGUACCUAUGAUGAAAAUUACAGGCCUCUCUCAUCUUUUUAAGUGGGAGAACUUGCACAAUUGGUGGCUGACUAAAUAUAUUUUUUCCCCACUGUAUCUAUUAUUGGCACAUAAGGAAUUUAAUUUACAUAUUAUAUAUUCUACUGUAAGAGAGCCAAACUCUCUUACAGUAGAAUGAAGGAUUUGCCUUUCGAAUAUUCUGUUUACUUAAAAGUCAUGAAUGCCACCGGGUUUAAUGGAAUACGGCUGAGGGUUAUAAUGCAUAAAGAGAAAAGACUCAUUAUAUAAAUCUGUUGAUAUUCUCAGGAUCUGUCAGCUAAAAGGCAGAGACGGACCUUAGAUGCAGUGAACCACGUGGGAGUUGCCAUAGUGUCCAGUGCUGUCACCACGGUCAUUUCCACUGUCCCUCUCUUCUUCUGUGUCAUCGUGCCUUUUGCUAAAUUUGGUCAGAUCGUGGCCAUAAACACAGUAGUGUCCAUCUUGUUCACCCUGACUGUGACAGCAGCCAUGUUGGCCACCAUGGGCCCUGCCAACUUCCACAGGCCUCCCGGUGCCGUGCUGAAGGCCAGCCUGGCAGUACUGGGCACCACAGCCUUUGGCGUUGCCCUGUGCUGGGCAGGAGGGCAACUUGGACCAGUCCCUGGCACACAGUAG